AUGACUGACCAGCCUGCUAAGAAAGUACAUUCCGCACCAACGCUAAAGGUCCAGCUGCGGUCAGAGAACGCCAUUGCCCCUACCAAGGGUUCCGCUGCUGCUGCCGGCUACGACAUCUACGCGUCGCAGGACUGUGUAAUUCCCGGUCGCGGUCAGGGCCUUGUGGCCACGGAUGUCUCCUUCACUGUCCCUGUGGGCACCUACGGCAGGAUUGCCCCUCGUUCGGGCCUGGCUGUUAAACACGGCAUACAAACCGGCGCAGGUGUGGUGGACCGGGACUACACAGGAGAGGUGAAAAUCGUUCUUUUCAACCACUCGGACAGGGACUAUGCUGUGAAGCGGGGUGACCGGGUUGCCCAGCUCGUGCUGGAGCGGAUUGUCGACGACGCAGAGGUAGUCGUAGUGGAGUCCCUCGAUGAGAGCUCGCGCGGCGAAGGUGGCUUUGGCUCGACCGGCAACUAG